AUGUUUACAAAGGGUUUUGAAGCCGAGGUCGUGGGUUGUCCUUGGGAUCCUGAAGCAGUUCAUGAUUUUUACCAAUGUGGUCUGAAUUGGCUUCCGGAUGAUGCUUUGGUGCAAUCUAGUGAUAAGCAACAUCCUCAUUUUUACGAGCUUCAAAACUCAGAAAUUCGCGAAUAUGAUUGGCUUAAUAUGUAUGCUGACUACGCAUUUUAUACGCUGUGGGAAAAUGGCUUGACAAAGCUCAAGCUUGCUACGCCUCUGGAGAUCAAGAAGGUCGUUGUACAAACUCAUGAAGCCAUGGAGCCAAAGGAAUUGCUCAAGGCCGGGAAUGCAGUCUUCUACAUUAAUUUCAGGGACUGUGGUCUGACCGAAGAACACCGAGCCGUGGUAAGAAGAACUACAGAUGGGCAUCCGGAACACCUUUGUCUUGAAGUUAAGUGUCCGGUUGGGGACUUGAUCUGAUCUAUUGACUAAAUUUGAUCUGUACACAUGGUAGUCUAAGAUGUUGCAGAUUAUCCUCUUAUCUUUUAUCUGGUAAUCUGCUCAUAA